GACAUUCAUAGUCCUAGGAGAACAGAAGGAGAGGGAAAGAGAGGCAUGUGAACAAGUGGACUUGAUAAAACAAACAUGAUAAAGAAACAAAGGACUGGAAAAGGAGCAGCUUCUGGUUUGAUUUGCAAGAAUGUAAACGACAACCUGUAGCAAGGGAUGCAAUAAGUAAUGGUGAUAGAGCCCACUGUAUCUACCCAGCACAUUAAGAAAAAAAAACCAAAAAAAUGGAAGAGAGUAAGAAAAAGAAGAAACCAGAAGAGCAAGUUCAAGAGCCUGAAUCUGAUUUACCAGAAUCCUUACUAGAUUAUCACAUUGCGGCAAAACAAACAGCAAUUGCAUGGGUUUUGUUUCAUCUGAAAGGAUUGGAAGAAAAGCUCAAAGAAGAUAUUAAAAAGAAUGUUGCUCUGAAGGAAGAGCAGAAGUUGCUUAUCAGCCGCUUAGUAAGGCAAAUAGAAGAAAAGGAGAACAAACGAGAUGAGAAGGGGAUUGUAACCAGGGAUGAUGUGGAAGAGUCACUGAAAGCAGUUUUCCAAUUUGUGAAGGACAAAGAACAACUUCUUGAAGAUCUGCGCGCCCAAAUUGAAGAAACGAAGAAAAAAAUUGUAGAAAAGCAGCGUGAGAGAGAUUAUUGGUUGGAGUACAAAAAUGUCGGAAGCAAAAUACAUGCUGAGAGGAUUAGCCGUCUGGAAAAAGACAUUGCAGAUGUCAAAUAUGAACUUGAAAAAACUGAAGAAUAUUAUAGCAAAGCUUUGGAAGUUGUGAGAGAGGAAAAUCAGAAAAUGUUUGACAGGCACAUGAAAUUACUCAGUGAAGAAGCUCUUAAGAACGCUGUGGGGUACUUAGACAAGAACUGUCGCAGAGAGAUUGAAGAGAACGAGUGGCUAAAAGAAGAGGUUCAGAUCUACCGAAAGGAAGAAAAGGAUUUGAAAGCUUCUGUCCAGCUCUUGGAAGAAGAAAAUACCAGUUUGGUGGCAAAACUGAUUGAUAUCAAACUUCAGCAUCUAAGAGUAUCAGGGCAGUUGUUUCAUACAAAGGAAACUGGCUUGCAAGAACUUCCUAAGGAUGAAAUGAAAAGGGAAACCAGAAAAUAUGCAGCAAAGACAGAUGGAAAGAGCCUCAGAAGUGCCUUUCCAAAGAUUCGUUCUGAAAGAGAUUAUAAGAAGCCUCCAGACAGUGAUGAAAAAUUGAGGAAAAAAUUCUUCACUCCAUCCCUGGACAGCUUGUUGGAUGAAGAAGAGGAGUUCCAGGCAUACUCAAAACUGGGACCUCUGAAGAGAAAGCUGCUUUUGGUUGGAAAAGCUGUGCUUACUUGUAAGGAAACAGAAGAAAUGCCAAGCGGGAGCCACAGAGAAGGGCGUACUGUUGGUAAAUCAGAUGGGCGUAUCACAGCUAAGAUGAUCCAGGCCUUAUUUAAGGAAAAUGAUGAAAACUAGACAAGCUGUGCUGUUUACACAGAAAUGUAACAUUCUUAGUUCAUUAAAUAUUUGAUCUCUUCUGUGUGGCAUGGGGCUUUGAGGAAACUAUUUUAGAGUGCCUGAAUCAUGAAUAUAAGUUUCAUGAGAGGUAUGUCUGUGUGCAGAGGCUAAUUGAAACGUUCCUUUCCGUACUACUGAGAGAGGUCUUGUGCACUCUCUGGGCUAUUCAGUCCACAUAGCACAUAUAUCUGCUAAAAGGUCUGAGCUAAUAUUUAGUUUGUGUGGUCUCCACUUGCAGAUGUGGAAUUCCUUCUUGAUCAGACAAUGAACAGGUAAAUGCAGGCUGCCAUAAAACACAGAAUUGUUACAAAAUACAUAAUGCUCUUCUAAAGCAGAAUUAAUUUGUGCAAGCAUAACUCAACAAUUGCUAUAAAUGGAGUGUCUGAAUGCUUUUUUAUCUGUCUCCACAAGACCCCCACUUAAAUACACUGAAAUAAAUAUAAAUUAAUUUAAAACCAAUUUAAAACCAGCAUAAAAAUCUCUAAGGUCUGAAAUAUUUUGGCCAAAUAUAUUGUGUAAGCCCUUAUCCUUGGUUUGUGGCUGGUCUCUUUGACCAUUUAUCUCAGUGCAUUGAUGCAGUGGAGGGGCUCCCUCUGGACACCCUCUCAGCAGCACACAACAGAUCCUUCCCACAUGUAGGCUCUGACCCAUGCAUUUCCUCAUUAGAAACUUGUGACAGCAUUGAAUUUUAACCCUUGAGAGGAUAAUCAGCUGUUUGGAAUAAAGCUUUUUAAAAAACUUACUUUUUAAACAACCUGUAUCUCUGUGCAGUAUCUCAGUGUAUCUGUACUUCAGUGCAAGCACUCCUGGUUUUCCAA